UUCAUUGUCAACAAAAUAUGAAUUAUAACAAAACAUUUUACAUUGGUGUGAUGCUAAUACUAAUCGGAUGCAAAUUAAAAAUCACAUCAUCUGAAAUUCAACUUUUAAGUAUGAAGAGAACUUUUUUCGUAUGCCACGUGACAUAUGGUAAUUCGACGGCAGCAGAUUCAGUGGUUCAGGAGGGAACUGAAAUGUGUGAAUUUACGAAGAAACAGAGUAGUUGUGUAUUCAUUGCAAGGCAUUGGAGAGAUAAAGGGAGCUAUAAUAAAAGUGACAAAUAUCAGGAAAAUGGUUGUGGAAAUUGUCCAGUAACAUCGAAUGAAAUUUGUAAUUUGGCUCGUCCGAAACGUGAUGGAUAUGAUGUCAAGACUGUCUGCUGUUGCAAAUCUCCCAAUUGUUUGACAACACUCUACAAGGACUCAGAAAUUGGAUGGAAAAUUGAAAAUUCCAAUGAGUCGUGUGCAGCUGCUAGUUAUGAUAGUCAUCGAGUGCCCCGCUGGAUAGGAAAAUAUGAAUAUGAUAGGCCACAGUUUCAGUUGGAAAAGUCAUGUUUCAUGGCAAUAAAACCAUUAAAUUUCACGGAUUUGCGAACAGAAAGAAGAAAAAGUCGCAUUUUGUUGGAGAUGGGAUAUGGAUGUCCGUUCGAAAUGACAGAUGACCAAACACAAGUUUCAAUCCAACGGAAUCACACUUAUUACUGUUGCAAAGGACCUUUCUGUAAUCAAGAAUUAUAUCGAAUGAUUGGAUUUGAAUUGAUUCAAAAUACUAUUUUAUUUGAGGAGGAACAGGAGUUCUUCCGUCGACUACGAUAUGAAAAAGAAUACUACAAAAAUCAAAAUUUCAUCGACAAUCCACAUUACUCCUAUCCAAAAUCUGUAUUUGAUGCUCUUCGAUUGAACUGGACAAUAAUUGCAUUCUCCACUGUAUUCUUUGUUGUCAUUUUUUGUUCACCGAAAAAUAUUGAAACUCUUCCUCCAGUUGUACAUAGGAAUUUCGAUAAAACGGAAGAGUAUCAGGAUGAUGAUGAUCUGGUUUUCGGAGAGCUAUAAAUUUCUCUUUUGAAUGAAAUUGUGUUUCAA